AUGCUCUGGGAUCUGGUCCUGCUCGCCCUCUGGGCCGCGUCCGGCGCGCGAGCUGGUGACCAGGACGAGGACACCGCCUUCAACCUUUUCAGCAUCAGCAACAUAAACCGGAAGACCAUUGGGGCCAAGCAGUUCCGGGGGCCUGACCCCAACGUGCCAGCGUAUCGUUUUGUCCGCUUUGACUACAUCCCACCCGUGAGUGCAGAUUACCUCAGCAAGAUUGCCAAGAUCGUGAGGCAGAAAGAGGGCUUCUUUCUCACGGCCAGCCUGAAGCAGGACCCCAAGUCCCGGGGCACGCUCCUGGCUCUGGAGGGCCCCGGCGCCUCCCAGAGGCAGUUCGAGAUCGUGUCCAACGGCCCGGCCGACACGCUGGACCUCACCUACUGGAUAGACGGCGCUCAGCACGUUAUCUCCCUGGAGGACGUGGGCCUGGCUGACUCCCAGUGGAAGAACAUCACCGUGCAGGUGACAGGGGAGACCUACAGCUUGUACGUGGGCUGCGACCUGAUCGACAGUUUCACGCUGGAUGAGCCUUUCUACGAGCAGCUGCGGACAGAAAAGAGCAGGAUGUACGUGGCCAAAGGCUCUGCUCGAGACAAUCACUUCCGGGGUUUGCUGCAGAACGUCUACUUAGUGUUCGAAAACUCAGUGGAAGAUGUUCUAAGCAAGAAAGGUUGUCAGCAAAGUCAGGGAGCCGAAGCCAACGCCAUCAGCGAGAACACGGAGACACUGCACCUGAGCCCUCAGGUGGCCACGGAGUACGCGGGCCCAGGCGCGCACAGGAGGCCGGAGGUGUGCGAACGCUCCUGCGAGGAGCUGGGCACCAUGAUCACCGAGCUGUCGGGGCUGCACGUCAUCGUGAACCAGCUUCACGAGAACCUGCGGAAAGUGUCCAACGACAACCAGGUCCUCUGGGAGCUCAUCGGCGGCCCGCCCAAGACCAGGAACAUGUCCGCCUGCUGGCAGGACGGCCGCUUCUUUGCGGAAAAUGAAACCUGGGUGGUGGACAGCUGCACCAAAUGCACCUGCAAGAAAUUUAAAACCGUUUGCCACCAAAUCACCUGCCCGCCGGCGACCUGUGCCAACCCGUCCUUCGCGGAGGGAGAAUGCUGUCCUUCCUGCUUCCACUCACCGGACGGCGAGGAGGGCUGGUCCCCCUGGGCGGAGUGGACCCAGUGCUCCGCCACCUGCGGGUCGGGCACCCAGCAGAGAGGGCGGUCGUGUGACGUCACCAGCAACACCUGCUUGGGGCCGUCCAUCCAGACGCGGGCGUGCAGCCUGGGCAAGUGUGACCACCGAAUCCGGCAGGACGGGGGCUGGAGCCACUGGUCGCCGUGGUCUUCCUGCUCUGUGACCUGCGGCGCGGGCAACAUCACCCGCAUCCGGCUCUGCAACUCGCCCGUCCCCCAGAUGGGGGGCAAGAAUUGCAAGGGGAGUGGCCGGGAGACCAAAGGCUGCCAGGGCACCCCGUGUCCAAUCGACGGCCGGUGGAGCCCCUGGUCCCCAUGGUCAGCCUGCACGGUCACCUGUGCCGGAGGGAUCCGGGAGCGGACGCGCGUCUGUAACAGCCCCGAGCCCCAGCACGGGGGCAAGGACUGCGUGGGGGACGUCCAAGAGCGUCAGAUGUGCAAUAAAAGGAGCUGUCCUGUAGACGGCUGCUUGUCCAACCCGUGCUUCCCCGGUGCCGAGUGCAGCAGCUUUCCAGACGGCUCCUGGUCCUGCGGCGCCUGCCCCGUGGGCUUCCUGGGCAACGGCACACACUGUGAGGACCUGGACGAGUGUGCCGUGGUCACCGACGUCUGCUUCACCGUGGGCAAAGCCCAGCGCUGCGUCAACACCAACCCCGGCUUCCACUGCCUGCCGUGCCCCCCUCGCUACAAAGGGACCCAGCCCUUUGGCGUCGGCCUGGAGGCGGCCAGGACGGAGAAGCAGGUAUGUGAGCCUGAGAACCCGUGCAAAGACAAGACUCACGCCUGCCACAGGCACGCGGAGUGCAUCUACCUGGGACACUUCAGCGACCCCAUGUACAAGUGUGAGUGCCAGACGGGCUACGCGGGAGACGGGCUCAUCUGCGGGGAGGACUCGGACCUGGACGGCUGGCCCAACAAGAACCUGGUGUGCUCCACCAAUGCCACCUACCACUGCAUCAAGGACAACUGCCCUCUGCUGCCGAAUUCCGGGCAAGAAGACUUUGACAAGGACGGCACCGGUGACGCCUGUGACGAUGAUGACGACAAUGACGGCGUGGACGAUGAGAAGGACAACUGCCAGCUUCUCUUCAACCCCCGCCAGUUCGACUAUGACAAAGAUGAAGUCGGGGACCGCUGUGACAACUGCCCGUAUGUGCACAACCCGGCGCAGAUCGACACGGACAACAACGGCGAGGGUGACGCGUGCUCCGUGGACAUUGACGGAGACGACGUCUUCAACGAGCGGGACAAUUGUCCCUACGUGUACAACACCGACCAGAGAGACACAGACGGGGAUGGCGUGGGCGAUCACUGCGACAACUGUCCCCUGGUGCACAACCCUGAUCAGACCGACAUGGACAACGACCUCGUGGGAGACCAGUGUGACAACAAUGAUGACAUCGACGACGAUGGCCACCAGAACAACCAAGACAACUGCCCCUACAUCCCCAACGCCAACCAGGCCGACCACGACCACGACGGCCAGGGCGACGCCUGUGACUCAGAUGAUGACAACGACGGGGUCCCAGACGACAGGGACAACUGCCGGCUUGUCUCCAACCCUGGCCAGGAGGACUCCGAUGGGGACGGGCGUGGGGACGCUUGCAAAGACGACUUUGACAACGACAGCAUCCCAGACAUCGAUGACGUGUGUCCUGAGAACAGCGCCAUCAGCGAGACCGACUUCAGGAACUUCCAGAUGGUCCACCUGGACCCGAAGGGCACCACUCAGAUCGACCCCAACUGGGUCAUUCGCCAUCAGGGCAAGGAGCUGGUGCAGACGGCCAACUCGGACCCCGGCAUCGCUGUCGGUUUUGACGAGUUCGGGUCCGUGGACUUCAGCGGCACGUUCUACGUCAACACCGACCGGGACGAUGACUACGCCGGCUUUGUCUUCGGCUACCAGUCCAGCAGCCGCUUCUACGUGGUCAUGUGGAAGCAGGUCACCCAGACCUACUGGGAAGAGCAGCCCACUCGGGCUUACGGCUACUCGGGCGUGUCCCUCAAGGUGGUGAACUCCACCACGGGCACCGGCGAGCACCUGAGGAACGCGCUCUGGCAUACCGGGAACACGCAAGGCCAGGUGCGCACGUUAUGGCACGACCCCAAAAACAUUGGCUGGAAAGACUACACUGCUUACAGGUGGCAUCUGACCCACAGACCGAAGACGGGCUACAUAAGAGUCUUAGUGCAUGAAGGAAAACAGGUCAUGGCGGACUCGGGACCCAUCUAUGACCAAACGUAUGCCGGCGGGCGGCUGGGUCUGUUUGUGUUCUCGCAGGAAAUGGUCUAUUUCUCAGACCUCAAAUACGAAUGCCGAGCGGUGGAGUCCGAAGUCCUGUACUUGGCCUCCGUUGGUGAAGUUAGCGGAGAGAAGUGGGCGAUCCCACCGCGGCGGGCUGGAGGGAGCUCCGCGUGUCCCUUGGUUCUGCUCUCUGAGCACCAGGGUCUCUGCGGACUCCCAGACUCCCCAAAAACCGCCGUGAAAGAUGAGGGACACGUGCACCUGCUGUGCUUCCGACCGGCGAGUGUCACCCAGGUGCUCCGGGAGGGCCGCUGUCCAACGCCGCCGCUCUUCUCUGACUGGCGGCUCUCGGCUCGCGUGGCUGCACAGAACCCUCCGCUGCCCGCGCCCGCUUGCUUUCCGGGCCCCGGGCCCGAUGCCAGCGAGACUCAGCCCGGACCUCAGCGUCUCCCACAGGGCACGUCCUCUCCCCCGUCGUCCAGGUGGAGUCCCGGCCUCUGCGGGGGCCAGCCUUGGAGCUCACCUUCUGUGGGGGCGGUGCCCUGA